CUCCCGUAAUCUUUCCAGAGGAUUUUAAUGUGUAGUUUCGUAUCUAAUUUUUUUUUUAUAAUUUGCUUCUUUACACCGAAUCUCAAAUUGUCUAGUCACUUCUAUAAUGCAUCUGUUAUAUAGAGUACUACUUUUGAAAAUUGUGUUUAUAUAUGUGAUAUCUGACGAUGCUACUAAGGUGGCUGAAACUCUGGAGAGGAGGGUGAAGCUAUUCGGCGAUGCCAUCCUGGGAUUUUCGGACAUCGAGCAGAUUUAUUCAAACGACACCAUUGUGAGUUUUCUGAACUUCACUGCGUGGAAUCACGUGGACGAGAUCGUCCAGAUUCUGGAAGAGAGACUGACGAAAAUCGUGGACGUCUUAAAGGAUAAUAGAGAAGUCAUCGAGAAAGCGCACAGUAACAACGAAUUUAAGGUUUUUCGCGAUCCCGAUCUCUGUUGCAAUGUCCAGACUUCGGAUCUGGAAUUAGACUUGCAAUUCAAUCGCAUGGUGGCCAAGUCUCUUUGUUUCUUGAGAUCUGGAUCCGUAGCAAGUACAAGCUUGGACAAAACCUACACGAAUGUUUUUCGAGAUAAUUCGGAGAAAUCCAUGUUUCUGCUUUGGCAGUAUUUUGGGGAUGCCUCGGGGAAUUAUUUCCAGUAUCCUGCGAAGAAAUCAGCUUGUGAUGGAAAGGCAUGGAACGAUCCAAGAUUUCAGCAGUGGUUUGUUCACACAGUGGUGCCCAAGAAGAAGAAUGUGGUCAUUGUGCUUGACACCAGUGGCUCCAUGUCCAGUUCAGUCAAUGGCAUCAACAGCACUGCGGCGGCACCCACCAGGAGUAAGGUCGCCCAGGAGGCAGCCAUGACAGUUCUUGGGACACUUGGCACCACUGACCAUGUGGGCGUAGUUAUUUUCAAUAUCUCUGCUGUGUCGUCCAAAUGUUCACCUACAUCGGACAGUCAGGGUAUCCACAUGAUGGUGCCGGCCACCCAUGACAACAUGGGCUCCAUCGAAGACCUCAUUACCAGCUCCAUCCCCGCAGGCGGAACAUACUAUGGCAACGCUUUCCUAAAGGCCUUCCAGCUUCUGAGCCGCUCCAAACAAAUAGAUCCUAAGAGGUUUGAGGAUUCACUAGACAUGAUCCUAUUUCUGACAGACGGAAUGCCUGAGGACUCGACAAGAGACAUUCUGGAGGAGCUAGCCGCAGGGCAAAAUCUCAUGGGGCACUCUGUCCAUGUGUUCAUGUACGCCCUGGGCAAUGAAUUCGAGCACACCAACACCCCUAGAUCUUUCCUGGUACAGCUAGCGGACCAAAACAACUUGGUGCUGAACAACAGCUUUGUACCACAGUGGCCGAUACUAUCAAGCCUACAGGACAAUAACAAGCCAGUGGGACCCGUUGGAAAUGUCUCAUUCAUUGGCAAUGUGGACGGUCAGCGGCUGUCCCAGAUCAUGGGCGAAUACUACUCCCACUUCCAGGUGGUCAGUGGAGCCAACGUUACAUUCAGUGUUCCCCAAAGGGAGCCCAACAUGGGUCUAAAGAUGACUCUUAGUUUACCAGUGCUGGACAGUGGAGGACAGUUCCUAGGGGUCACUGCAUUGGACGUUCACCUGGAACUCACCUUCUACGAGGUGGCUCACUUUCAUCUGGGCAAAGACAGCUAUGCCUUCCUCGUGGGGGACUCGGGUGUAAUGUACCUGCACCCUGAGCUGGCCUUGGGGGACACAGACCUGGAAGUCUACACACUGGAUCAGCUGGAGCCUGGGCUAUCUCCUGAUGCUAUUUAUAACAUCACCAAUGGGAGGGAGGGUCAGGAGGUCAUCAAGAAAUCCGUGGACCAGACGAUGAAGUCUGCCAUCUGUUAUUAUAAGCCUCUCUCUGGGUUCAGCGCAAACUUCACCGUUGUCGUGGUGAUAUUCAAGGAUGACAUCAAGCAGAAACGUCUCCAGAGUGCGGAUUCGAACAGUUUCCCAGAUUUCCUCUACCACAGACAGGGGUUCAUCAACACCUCGGUGGUCGGCCAUGACGGUGUGUGUUACAGAGACCAAGCCCUGGUCAUACCCGCCAACGCCACAAUCAAGUUUGCCCCAGGAUCUUUUUGGGACCUGGAGAAGAGUCUGAUGUAUGAACAGAACAAGAGUUACUCCGAGGCCCACAGCAGCUUCAAGAACACCACCGGAUUCUCCCAACAUGCAGGUGUGAGUGAGUCUGUGGCGGGGGAUGUUCUGUUGAUGAACAAGAUAGAUGAACACUGGAAGGUUCCCACUGACGCCAUCUGGAGAUACAUAGGGACAGAGAAUGGUGUGUUUAAGGUGUUUCCAGGGACUCUGGUGCCAGACAUUUUGUAUGAUCCGAGAGAAGACCGCUGGUACACUGCAGCUGUGGGUCAGUCACAGAAAUACAUGUUCAUCACCCACCCCAACCAGAAUACCUCUAUAGUCACCCUGGCCAAGGCAUUCCAUCAAACCAGUAAGUUGGUCCAUGGCGUGAUUGCUGCAGACAUCACGGUACAGCACCUGAUGACCUUCCUGUACAACACAGCAGUCAGGGUCGGCCAUUUCACGGAUACAGCCUGGAUCAUCAUGGAUGACAAAGGGAGUUUAUUAAUGAAGCUAGAUCACACAGGACCGGUUCAGAUUUCUGCCCACCUGACAGAGAUUUUACCUGGGGUGGCUAACUGGCUGUUACAGAAAGGAGUUCUACAGAUAGACUGGUGCACUGAUGUUCUGUCUGGACACGCCCACCUGAGUUAUUCCCUGGACACCUCCGGAUCAGUGGUGGAUCCGGGAUCUUCUGACCCCUGUCUGUCCUUCAAACUGGUCUCUGUCCCUAACUCCAAUCUGUACGUGAUCAUCUACAAACCAUCGACCACCUGUAAGUCUUCUCAGACACUCUGUUCAUGUAAGGAGAAGUGUUCUGUGUGUGACCACCAGAAAAGACACACCUGUCAGUGCCCCUGUAAGUGCUCCAGUACCUACAUGGACCGGUGUACCCACCAGAUCAAUAAGACCAGUGGCUACAGACCCUGUCCCGGGCCACACAAACACUGGCAGAUGCAGUCCUUAGACUCCACCAACAAGUCUUCUACCGUCCAACCCUGUAAACCGGUCUGUACAGCCAUUUCUGAUUCCUCCGAAUGCCAGGCUACCAAGGGAUGUAACUGGUGUAGUGGCGGCCAUUACAAGAAACUCCCUCUUUGCUCUGAGAGAUGUGUUCGUGACAGACAGGAAGUUAGGUACAGACUUGCUUGUGAGAACAGUACAUUCCAGCUAAACUGGACCGCAUUGGAGAGUAAAAUUUUACAGAUAACCAAGAAGAGACUAAAAUUGUCAAGCAGAGCUGUUGUACAGCUUCAAGUCAGCAGGAAUGGGAAGGGUGGGGUGGGUGUGAUGGUGGGGACCAAUGAUGAGUCAGAGGUCCCCCUGAGCUGGCUGACCAUGCUGAGUGACCCUAUCCAGGUCACUGUGUCGGACGGGGCGGGGCGACCCACUAACCUGUCCCUCGUCACCAACCUCACAGAGCCCACCGAUGCUCGUGUUGAGCUAGAGUUGAGAGAUGUGAAUUUGACCCACAGACUGGAGACGGCUCUGACCCUGAGGAACUACCUCCAGAAACAGGUCCACAAGUUAGUGGAGGGAGUGACAACAACAGAGAUAGCUAGGACUGUGUCUGGGAUCUGGCCAGAAGAGGAUAGGAUUUCCUUCUGGUUGGAAAAACCAAAGGACCUGAAACCUAGAGAAUUCACAGCCCAGUUACAGAACUUUAUGGCUCUCAAUGGCAGCCACAUGGACACACUGGGCAGGAACGAGACCAUCAGUAGUGUCACCGUAUCUCACCAUUACAGCGCCCUCUGUCCCACAAACUGCAGCAGAAGGUAG